AUGGACUAUAAAAAUGAAGAAGAUAUUAAUGAAGUCAAUAAAUAUAUAUUUAGCUUAUAUCCAAAAAUAAGUACGGGAUUAGAUCAUUAUGCAUGUAUUGCAUAUUCAAAGAAAAAGCCAAGUGUCUAUUGUUGGGGUGGGAAUAGUAGCAAUCAGUUAGGAGUUGGUAUAAAUAUACGAUAUUGUGAAAAACCAACUAUUGUUAAUUUUUUUGAAAAUUUUAUAGCUUGUUCAGUUUGUUGUACAAAUUAUUCAACAUAUGUUUUAGUUAAAGAGAAUUUAAAUGAUGAAGGAUGCUUUGUUUAUUCAUUUGGAAAAGGCAACAAUGGUUUAUUAGGUUAUAACAAGCAUAGGAAAAUUAUCGAUGAUUCAAAAUCGGAAAUCGGUCAGAAAAAUGAAGGGAAAAAAGGAAAAAAUGGCGAAAAAAAUGGCGAAAAAAAUUUUGAAAAAAAAUUUGGAAAAAAUGUUGACAGAAAUCUUCUCACCGCUUUUGGAGUUAGCGCAGGAGUAGAAUCGUCUCUUAGCAGUUUGAUGAGUUUCGAUUAUGAUCGAAUUUCAAGUGAUGAUAAAAGUGAUGAUAAAAGUGAUGAUAAAAGUGAUGAUAAAAGUGAAGAUUGUGAAAAUAAGCAAGAGGGUGUUCAUAGUGAGUUAAGCAAAAGUUCACAGAGUAGUAAUUCAACAAGUCUUAUGAAUAAAAAUGAAGAGAUGGAUAGAGAUGAUAAAAUAAAAGACGAAAAAGCUGAUUGGUUUACGCCAUUUCCUAUAAAAAUACGAUUCCCUGAAUAUACAAAAAUAAAAUAUAUUUCAUGUGGAGAUAUGCAUACAUUAGCAAUUUCAAUAAAUGGUAUUUUAUAUGGAUGGGGAUCAAAUAGCUUUGGAUGUGUUGGAAAUGGAACAUAUACAAAUGUUUAUGAGCCAACUCGAAUAUAUUUAGAAAAAUGUUCGAUAAAAAAGAAAAAUGAUGAUAAUCCAUAUCAAUAUAAAUUUUAUAAUAAUUCAAAAGAUAAUAAUUAUGGUUAUUUAAAAAAUAGUGUUAUUCAUUGUUCUGCUGGAAGCAAACAUAGUUUAGCAUGCACAAUAGAUGGAAAUGUAUAUAGUUGGGGUUUUGGGGGUAAUGGACGGUUAGGAUUAGGAAAUAUAAAAAAUUAUAAUACACCACAAAUAAUUAAUAAAUUAAAAAAUAAAAAAAAAAUAAUAUUUGUAUGUGCAGGAGUAUCACAUUCUAGUUGUGUAGACACAGAUUAUAAUGUUUAUACAUGGGGUAGUGGAAAAUUUUAUAAGUUGGGACAUGGUAAUGAUAGUGAUUUAUUAUAUCCACAAAAAGUCGAAUUUUUCAAUUUUGAUAAAAAAAUAUUUAUGGUUAGUUCAUCAUGUUUUAAUUCAAUAGCUUUAAAUGUUAAUGGUGAUGUUUAUAUAUGGGGAACAUUUUAUAUUUCAAAAAAUGGUAAUAAUAAUAUUUACAUUUGUAAAACGCCCAAGUUAAUAAAUACAAACUAUAAAUGUAUUUAUGUAUAUGCAUCUAUUUAUUUACUAUUUGGUAUAACAUUAGUUGGAGAUUUAAUAAUGUUUGGGAAUAACUAUUAUAAAAAUAUAAAUAGUAAUGAAAUCAUAUUAGAUAAUAUUGAUACUGGUUCAGAAUCAGAUGAUAAUGUGAUUGAUCAUAUUAUUGAGGAAAGAAAAAAAAACAAUAAAUUUGAAAAUGAUGUUUAUAAACAUGUUGAUAAUUUGGAAAAUUCAUACAAUAGUUAUAUACACAAAUUAAAUGAAAAAAAAACAAAAAAUAAUAACAUAUAUAUUAACACUUUUUAUAAAAAAGAUAAAAAUAUCAAAAUAAUAUAUAUAAAAGAAUUAAGAGGAAAAAUAUAUAUAAAAGAUGUAAUUACGGAUUUUUACAAUUUAAAUAAAACAGUUACAAAUGAAAUAAUUAUAGCAAAAAAAAUAUUCCAAAAUAAAGAUAAUGAAUGUGUAGGACCUUUAUUUGGCGAAAUUGAUAAUACUGGAUUGAAAAUAAAAUCUAAAGUAAAAAUUAUAGAUGGUAAUGAUUAUUUUAGUAUAUUUUUAAUAGAAAAUGGGAAAGUGUAUGGGUCAGGGUUGAAUAAAAAUGGAGAAUUGGGAACAGGUGAAUAUAAUUUAAAUAAAAAAUAUUUGAUUCCUAUAAAUAUAAAUAUAUGUGUAAAUAAAAUAACUAAAAUAGUUUGUGGAAAUGAUUAUGUAUUAGCUUUAAACGAUUUAGGAUAUGUAUAUGGAUGGGGUAAAAAUAAUAAAAGUCAAUUAGGAGUUGGUAUUACAACAGAUUUUUAUGAACCUGUACAUGUAAAAUCAUUAAGUAAUGUUAUUAAGAUAUAUGCAGGAUAUGAUCAUAGUGCAUGUAUUGUUAAUAAUAAUUUUUAUUCUAAUAAUGAAAAUGAAGAAAAUAUUGAAUGUGGUGAUUUAUAUAUAUGGGGUAAUGCCGAAAGUGGUAAAGUUGGGUUAGGUAAUGAAUAUAUACAAGGGUUUAUAUUAUUACCAAGAAAAAUUAAUUUAAUAAAAAAAAUAUAUAAAUGUUCUUUAGGAACUAGCCAUAGUUUAUUUUUAACUGAAAAUAAUGAAUUAUAUGUAUGUGGUAAUACAAAUAAUGGACGUUUAGGUAUAUCAAAUGAAAUACAAAAUAAAAACAAUGAUGAAAAUGUAGAAAAUAAAAUUAGUGAACAAAUUUCGAUUUUAAGUUAUCCUAAACAUGUUAAACUAAAUGAAGAUAUAUAUAUAAAAGAUAUAUUAGCUGGAUCUACAUAUAGUAUAAUAUUAGGAAUUGAUGGUUUUAUAUAUAUAUGUGGAGAGUUUAUAAAAAAUAAUAUAUUUCAUAAAAAAUUUACAUUAUAUAAUAAAAUAAGUAAUAUAAAAACAAUGGUUGGAAAAUAUCAACAUAUUCUUUUUUUAACAUAUGAUAAUAAAAUAUUUGGAUUAGGUGAUAAUAGUUAUUUUCAAAUUUUGAAUAAUAAUAAAAAAGAGACAUAUAUAGAAACACCAGUUUUAGUUCCUUAUUUUUUAAAACAUAAUGUGGAAAAAAUUUAUUCCUUUAAAAAUGUAAGUUUUGCUCAGCUAGCUAAUAAUGAUAUAUAUGGAUGGGGAUAUUCAAAAAAUGGACAUUUAGGUAUAGGACUAAAAAAUGUAGUAUAUAUUAAAAAUCCGAUAAAUAUUAUAAAAACAUGGGUUGGCUAUGAAAGUGGAGAGAAUGAAAAUGGAGAAAAUGAAAGUGGAGAAAAUGAGAAUGGAGAAAGAAUUAUAAACAAUGAAUAUAUUUUUUCACAAAAAUAUAAUAUUCAUACAAACUGGAAUGAAAUAAAUAUGGUAAAAAAACAAAUAAGAAAUAAAGAGCGUUUCAUGAAUUAUUUAAUAUAUAAUAAUUAUUAUGAGGAACAAAUUGAACGAUUUAUAUUUCAAGUUCAAAAUUUAGAAAAUAUAAUAAAUUGGGAAUAUAUACAAAUAUUAUUAAAAAGUGAAGAAUAUAAUAAUAGUUUAAAUUAUAUAAAAAAUUAUGAAAAGGAUUUAAUAUAUUUAUAUACUAAACAUGUGAAAUUUUUAUUAAAUUUAAAAAAAUGUGAAAAAAAAUAUAAUGAUUUAUAUAUUAAUUUACAAAAUUAUAUUUUAUCUCAUAUAUCUUAUAUGAAUGAAACAUUACCAAAUAUUAUGUACACAAAUAAUACACACAUUUUUGAUAUGAAUAGAAAACAUGUAGAAAAAUUUAUUUAUAUAUUACAGCAGCAACCAUUAUAUUUAAUUAUUAUGUGUCUUAUACAUAAUUAUAAAAAUAUUAAAAAUUUGAAAAAAAUCGUAUUUGAAAAGUGUAAGGAUAAGACAAAUUUUGAUAAUUCAGUAAAAACUAAUUAUAAUUUAAACACAUUAAAACAUGGAUAUGAUUAUGACACAUUCGAUGAGAGAACAAAAAUAUAUACAGUUUCAGAUAUAAAAAAAAAACAUAAGUUUUAUAAAAAUAGUACAAACAUUUUAUGUUCAUUUAUAUUUGAUUUAUAUUAUGAUUUAAGAAAUAAAAGAAUACUUAAUAUUUUUACAAUUUUUUUAAUAAAACUUGGAAUUGAAGAAAUGAAAAAUUGUUUACAUAUUGAAUCAUUAUAUAAAGUAGAAACUUCGAUUUUUUUUAUAUUAAUUAGAAUGUUAUUUAUGAAAAAUGAGGUUUUAUCCAAAUUUUCAAAUUCUAUAGCAAAUAUGAACAAUAAAAAUUCUUUUGUCAGAUUACUAGAUGUUAUGUCUAGGAAAAGAAAUCCUUCAAACAAGUUACACAACCAUGAAUUGACAAAGGUUUCUUUUCUAGGUACUCCCAAAAUAGAAUCUAAUGAAAUAAAUUCUGACCAUUUAGAUGCAUAUAACCAAAGUGAUAUAAAUAUAGAGAACCCAAAUUACAUUCAUAAUAAUGUCAUAAUAAAUAUGGAAAACAAAAUUGAAGAACAUACAGAAUUAAAAAAUGAAAAUAAUAAAAUAGAGAAUGAGCCACGAAAUUCUAUUAAAACGUUUGUUGAAAUAGAGGAUGAAGAAAAAAACAAAAAAUUUAUACAAUUUAUAAAAGGAAAAAAUAAUGAUGAAAAUAACAAAAAAAUGUAUAAUUACAAUUUUGUUAAUAAUAUGAAACCAAUAAUGAAUAACAAUCUUAUGAUUGAACAAAAUGUAAAAAAUAAUUUUAAAACAGAGAAAAGACAAUAUGUAUCUGAAGAAGAUGAAAAUGAAAUAAAAUUAGAUGAAAAAAAUAUUCUUGUGGAAAUAGAUCUUGUACAUGUAUUUAAAGAAUUAUGUAAAAUAUUUGAAAAGAUUGAUUUUCCAGAAAUAUUUAAAAUUAUUAUAAAAUAUUUAUUUAAAUAUUUUUGUAUAUAUGAGAAAAAUAUAAAUAAAGAAGAAAAUAAUAAACAAAAAAAUAAAAUUUAUUUUGUAAAUGACAAUAUGGUUGUAUAUCUACCUUUUUUUAAUUUAACUCUUAUGGCAAUUAUAUUACCAAUAUUAAAUAAUAUUAAAAAAAUAUCAGAAAAAUAUUAUUACCCUUCUAUUCCUACACACAUUGUAAAAACAUGUGAUCGAAUAUGUGAAUUUAUACAAAUUUUAUAUUUAAAUAAAUUUGAAUCUUUAAAUAGUUAUAAUUUAAAAAAUAGUUUUAUUUCUGUAAAAUAUAUAUUUGAAAACACAUUUAAUUCUUUUACACACAUUUUAAAUAAUUUUAUACAAAAUACUAAAUGUGAUAUAUAUGCUAAUUUAUAUAUUGAUAUAUUUCAUUACCAUUUGGAUACGAAACCAUAUUAUGUUCAGCUAAAGUUAUUCCAAUUAUGUCAUAUUUUUAAUUUAUUUUUCCGUUUCCAAAAUUAUAUAGCAUUAUCUUUUGACGACCCAGUUAUUAAAAUUAUUAAUUUAUUUUACAAAUAUAAGACAGAUAAUAUAUUAGCUAAUGGGCUAAAAACAUGUAGGCCCAUUGAAAUGGAUAAUAUGGAAAAUGUAUUGAAUAGUGAGAAAAGCGAUAAUGUUCAUAUAGAAAAAGAAUGUGAAAAAAGAGAUAGUAUUCGUGUAGAAAAAGAAUGUGAAAAAAGAGAUAGUGUUCGUGUAGAAAACGAGUGUGAAAAAAGAGAUAGUGUUCGUGUAGAAAAAGAGUGUGAAAAUUUGUUAUCCGACCCAAUUAAAAGUAAUGCACCAUUAACAAACAAAAUAAAAGAAAAAAAAAGCUUAUUAUAUAAUCUUAUAAAAAAACAAAAAAAGGGGAAAGACAAAGACAAUAUAAUAGAAAAGGGAAAUAAACGAAUCAUCGAAAUAAACAAUAAUACAAAUAAUUCUAAUCAACAUACAAAUACGAAAAAUGAAAUAAAAUAUCUUAAGGAUAUAAAUAGUAACCAUAGUGGAAAAAAAAAAAAAAAAAAAUUAAUCUUUGAUGAAAUUGAAAUAGAAUUUUUUAUAAAAUGUAAAUUAAUAUAUAAUUUUAAAAUAGAUAUUCGAUUUUUAUUGACAGAACAAAAUAUAAGUAUAUGCCAAUUUACAAAAAUACCAAUGCCUCAAUAUAUGGCAUAUCGAAAAAGUGGAUGUAUUGAAAAUAACGAAUAUAUAUUUUCUUUUAUACAUAGUUAUAAUUGUAAAAAAGAUAAUAUAUAUAUUAUAUCAGAGUGUUUUAAAAAUUGUCCACUUUUUGAAGAUUGUGAUGAUACUAAUAAUUUAUUAUUAAAAUUAAAGGAACUUAAAACAUAUUAUGUUUCAUUACAUGAACAAGAUGAAAUAAAUUUGGUACAUUUUAUUAAAAAGGUUAUUGAUAUAUUUGUGUCUGAUGAAAUGAUAUAUGUUGAUUUUUUUGAAGAUUUUCCUCCUAAUUUAUAUAUUAAAAAAUUUAAAUAUGAUAAAAUUGAAAAAUCAAAAUAUGAUCAAGAAUAUUUAGCUAUGAUCCAAAAUACUUAUGAUAAAAAUACUUUUUUUAAAGUCAAAUGGAGAAAUAUAGCUAUCCAGCUAGCUAUAAAUAUUUUAAAAAAAAAAAAACAUAUGAAUUAUUUAAAAAAAUUAUAUGAACAGCAAGAAGAAAUUGAACAAUUAAUUUUAAAUUAUAAAUAUAAUAUGAAAAAAAAUAUGAAUAUGUUAAAAAAUGCUCUUAUUUUUGUUUCAAAACUUUUAAUAGAAAAACCAAUAUUAAUAAAUGCUAUUAAUUUUAAGAAAGACUUAUAUUUUAUUAAGUUAAAAAAAGAAAAAAAUAUUUUAAAGUUAGCCAAAUCAAAUAACACACCAUAUGAUAUAUCUACUGUACGUAGUUAUCCUAUUAAAAUGUUAAUAAAUAAUUCAUUAAUUACAAAUAUUAACAAAUUAUUAAAACCGGUAUUGGAUUAUUUAACUAUUGAAAUACAAUUAUGUUUAGACAAUGUAAUCAAAUUAAAUUUGGUGUUAAAUAAAGAUAAAAACCGAAGCACAAUUAGCAAUCAUACUUUUAUAAGUACAGAUAUAUAUAUUAUGUAUAACGGUUCUCCAUUUUUAUCAUAUCCUCUUUUCAACUAUAAUAAAACCUAUUUGUGCUUAAUAAAUGGGUUUAACCUUGUACACCUUUUACAUGACCUUAUCACAGAUUUAUAUUGA